AUGUCCCCUCCACUGAACUUCAACCUUUUGGAAGGAGACGAAUAUCGACUAGACAUGGCAUCAUCGUCGUCGUCGUAUAACGAGCCUGACGAGGCGCUCCUGCGCCCGCGUACAGGCACGCCGUCGAACAACAACGGCCAACGGUCCGGUUUAAACUCGCCUCUGGGCUUGGGCUUCAUGGGGAGCACGCCCUCCGACGACGACGACGACGCCACCCUCUCCCCGGAGGAACUCAGACAGCGCCUCCGGCAAACGACAGAAGAAAAGGAGAGGCUGGAGGCGUGGGCCAUAGCAAAGGAGCGGGCCGCCGAGACCAUCGCCCGAGCCCUGCUCCGCAAAGUCCACCGCCUCCGCGUCGCGCUGCAGGAGACGGAGCUGAUGUGGCGCCCCGGCGCGACGCCGCGCCCCAUCUACACGAUCAACCCGCCGGCGCCGCGCAGCAGCAGCAGCAUCCUGGUGCCCCCCCGCAGGAGGCCGUUCGUGCCGGCGGCGCCCGCGGCGAACCGCGGCGACCCCGUGUGCAUGGACCGGUCGCACCAGGGCAUCGUGGCGGCGUUCGAGCAGAGCGUGCGGCACACGACGCACGCGAUCCGCGCGGAGGCGGCGCGGGCCCGCGAGGCGGAGGCUCUGCGCCUGGAGCUGCGCAACGCGAAUAAGAUGCUGAGCGACGAGCGCGGGCUCUCGCGCGUGCUGACUAUGCAGGCGGAGGGGUUGCAGAAGGUGCUUGGGGUUCAGCAUGAUGAGAUUAAGGCUCGUAAGGGCGAGGUUGCGGAUUUGAGGAGGUUGGUCCAGGCGCUGCAGGGGGAGAAUGCGAGGUUGGUGGGGGAGUUGGAGGAUGUGAGUGAGAGCACGGAUGAGGGAGAGGGAGAGGGAGAGGGAGAGGGGGCUGAGGUUGAGGAGUUGGAGGGGAGGAUUAGUGAGCUUGAAGGUCAGAUUAAGAAGUUUGAGGAGUUGAAUAAGGCUUUGAAGGCCCAGGUAGAUGAAGAACGCAAGACGAACAAGAAGCUGGUCAAGGACACCGAGAAACGGGUUAACGCGGAGUGGCAGGAAAGGUGUGCCGCCUGGACCAAGGAAUUAUGCGAUGUCCGGGCGGGUCUCACGGCUUUCGAGACUAAAUUUGCUGUGUUCGUUCGACGAGAGCAGGCAGCUAAAGAGAAGAAGAUAGAACCCGAGCAUCAGGCCCGGACUCAGGUCCAUGCUCAGGUUCAAGUCCAGAUGCAGGACUUCACGACGUCGUCAAGCUCAUCCAUCACUGACGCGGACUGGGAUACCUCCGCCUUCGCAAGUCCGGCACUGACAGCGGACCUCCAGGCUCGCGUCAAGGUGCUCGAGCAGAAGAAUCGUGACCUCGAGGUUGAGCUGGCCAAUGUCCGGCACGCGGGCGCCGAGCUCGCGGGUUUCUACCCGCUGCGCCGGUUCCAUCGGCGCGUCUCGUCCCGCGCGGAGCAGGAUGAGUCGGAGAUGGACUUGGUGCCGAUUACCACUACUACUAGCUCGGUUUCACUUUGCGGGGCUUCUACGGCUAGCUCGAAGAAGUCGUGGCAUCUCGAUGUGCCGGACGCGGAUGAGGACAUCCCGGAGUUCAGAUUGCCGUCGCCGGUUACACCACUAAGAAGGGAGAAGAGUGCGCCAGAGAUCAUAGUUAGUUUCAGAAGCGCGGGUGAUGGUGGUGAUGAGAACAUGGGGGAGGGAAGCGUGGUAGAGGGUAGCCAGGGUGCAGAGACGAUGGAUACGGGUCAUGAGGAGAAUGAAGGUGACGACAAGGAUGAGGGCGAGGAAGAAAGCAUGUGGGAGACGACUUCGGCUUCGGAGAUGGACAGUGAUCCAUGGUCUGACGGAAGUGUCGCUAACUUGUUCAUGUGAGGAACAUAUGUGAGUGGAAGGCUCGCCUCUGUCUCAUUUGCUCGCAUUGGUUUUGUUGAAGAGAAGAAAAAAACAUAAAACAAAAAUAUAGAAAAAGGAGGACGAAAAGGGGCUAUCUAGAGUUGCUCGCAUUUGCAUCGAGUUUCUCUUGGUCAGGUAUCUAUCUCAAACUCCAUGAGUGGAUUCCUGUCAUUUGAAAAGCCUAAGAAAGAAGAAAAGUAAUC